AUGCGAUUUACUGUUGAGAACAGUGAAUCCGGUCGCUUAGGGUGCCUAAGAGAUUUUGAAAGAUCACCAUACACGUCACUAGAAACUCCUACAUCUGCUCUUCUGGCUCAGGCUGGCAGUGUAGUUCAUCUAACAGCAGAUGUUUUGGCUCGAGUUUUUAAGACACCACAUUUGCUAUGGCUUCCUCUGACUAGUUGCUAUCAGCUAGAAGCGGGAACCAAAGCUCAAGGUGAUGGAAUAGCCAAAUUUUCAGGAUUACCCCAACACAUAACAUGUGCAACAUUCCAAAAUAUUAGUGAUAAUUUACCUACAGGACAUUUUGAACUUGAUAAGGUGCCCCUAUGGACAAAGAAUGGAAAGAAAAUGAUAACUGCAGAAAGAUAUAUGGAAUUAAUGGAAAUAUUCAAACCAGAUAUAAUUUUAGCUAUUGCAGAUGGGCGGAUAGCGCUUGAUGAAGGGCCAAAGAGAAUAUUUAAAUCAGUGGAAAGAACACAAAAAAUGCUCGACAUUUGUGUUGAGAAAUACAAAGAGUCUAAAGCUUUGCACAGUAGUGGCCUUGUAGGUGUAAUAGUUGGUGCUGGCGAUUUGAGAAGACUGGAAAAAAGCAUAAAGUAUACUCUUAAACAUAAGGAAAAUUUAAUAGGUAUAUCACUCAACGGCAUUGGAGAUUGUUCAGAUCAAAUUUUAACAACACCUGUCAAACGAUUGGAGGAUAUUUUUAGAACAGUUGCAGCAUUAGUCCCUCCAGAAAUGUUAAAAAUUUUAGAGGGAUGCUGGUAUCCAAAUGUUAUUGUAACAGCUAUAGAACACGGUUGGGAUGUGUUUGAUGGUUCUCUGCCACUGAAGAUGACCAACAUGGGCUAUGCACUAAGACUUAACUGUGAUAUAAAUAAACCAAUUUUGUCUGUAUAUGCUUUAGAUAUGAAAUUAAAGCGAUAUAAUAACACAUUCACCCCCUUGCUUAAAGGUUGUGAAUGUCUAACUUGCAAGAAACAUUCCAGAGCCUACAUCCAUCAUCUUCUUGUUACCAAAGAAAUGUUGGCAUCUGUUUUGUUGAAUAUACACAACCUUCACAACUUCGACCAGCUGUUUAUUAAGGCACGAGAGCACAUCGCGUUGAAGACAUUCCACUUGUUCAAACAACACAUAAUACAACAGUGUCUCAUGAUAGAGCCCUUGGAGACCUCUACAACAAAUCAACCAGUUCAGAGCCAACAGCAGCAGAAGAAGUUUUGCGCGAAAAGCCUCAAUAACAAUACCGAAGGGAGCUAA